AUGGGAUCUUUCACCUCUAAAUCAAAUGGAGAGCUCGAAGCUUUUUUGAACAAUCGACGUGGCAGUAUGACGUCUUCAAACAAGAAUGUCUCCGUCUUACUGGGUGCUCAAUGGGGUGAUGAAGGAAAAGGAAAGAUUAUCGACUAUCUGAUUGAGAAUCACAAAAUCAACGUGACUGCAAGAUGCCAAGGAGGAAACAACGCAGGACACACGGUUGUCGCCAAUGGCCGGAAAUACGACUUCCACAUUUUGCCAAGUGGAAUUAUCAGCCCAACUUGCUUCAAUGUCAUCGGAAAUGGUGUUGUUGUCAAUUUGGACGCUUUCUUCUCCGAGCUCGCACACAAUGGAAUUCUGGACGAAUCUGGAUGGGAGAGAAGAAUUAUGAUCUCAAGCGAGGCUCAUUUGGUGUUCGGAGUCCACUCUCAAGUCGAUGGACGUCAAGAGGAUUCAUUGGCUGCCAAGAACAAGAUUGGAACCACCAACCGUGGAAUCGGACCGACUUACAGCUCAAAAUGCUUCAGAAAUGGAAUCCGUGUCGCCGACUUGAUGGCCGAUUUCAAUGAAUUCUCUGAGAAGUACCGUCGUCUCGUCGAGCAUUACAAGAAGCAAUUCCCAUCUAUUGAAGUCAAUGUGGAGGAGGAGCUCGGAAGAUUCAAAGUACACCGCCAGAAGCUUGCCGACUUGAAACUUGUCGGAGACACUGUUGGAUUCAUUCAUGACCAGCGUAACUCUGGAAAGCAAGUGCUCAUUGAGGGAGCAAACGGAGCUCUUCUCGAUAUUGACUUCGGAACUUAUCCGUAUGUCACCUCUUCCAACUCCACUGUCGGAGGAGCUUGUACUGGCCUCGGAGUGCCACCAACUGCUGUAGGAAACGUUAUUGGUGUAGUCAAGGCUUACCAAACCCGUGUCGGAACUGGACCAUUCCCCACUGAGCUUUUCGAUUCUGAUGGUGAGAAGUUGCAGUCGAUUGGAAAGGAAGUUGGUGUGACAACAGGAAGAAAACGCCGUUGUGGAUGGAUCGACUUGUUCCUGCUCCGUCGUUCUGCAAUGAUCAACGGAUACACGGCGAUUGCUUUGACAAAGCUCGACAUUCUCGACACUUUCCCAACUAUCAAAGUCGCUGUCGGAUACAAACUCAAUGGACAAGUUCUCACAUCGCCACCAGCUCAAGCCAACGCCUGGGAGAAGGUCGAGGUUGAAUACAAAGAAUUCGAGGGAUGGAAUCAGCCAACUGUCGGAGUAAGAAAGUACGAAGAUCUUCCAGAGAAGUGCCGAGUAUACAUUCAGUUCAUCGAAGACUUCAUCAAGGUGCCAAUCGUCUACAUUGGUGUCGGAGCGGAGCGCGAAUCGCUCAUCGUCAGACAGAAAUAA